AUGGCACCAUCAACAAAGUCAGGGCCCAAGGGCAAGCAAGGAAAGGUUACGCAGAAGUUCAUCAUCAACGCUUCGCAACCCGCUAGCGAUAAGAUCUUCGACGUCUCCGCCUUCGAGAAGUUCCUCCAGGACAAGAUCAAGGUUGACGGCCGUGUUGGCAACCUCGGCGAUGUGGUGCAGAUCUCCCAGAUCGGCGAUGGCAAGAUCGAGGUCAUUGCCCACAUCAACUUCUCCGGCAGAUAUCUUAAGUACCUGACAAAGAAGUUCCUCAAGAAGCAACAGCUAAGAGAUUGGCUCCGUGUUGUUUCUACCUCCAAGGGUGUCUACGAGUUGAGAUUCUUCAACGUUGUCAACGAUGAGGCUGAGGAGGAUGAGGAGUAA